AUGUCUAAUUAUCUAAAUUUAGUUGGAGAGCUUAUUGGAACAUUAGAAGAUUUAAGGGAAAAGAAAGAAGAACUUAAGAGUGAAAUUUAUGAAGAAGAAGAAGAAAGACGUAGAAUUGAAAAAGAAUUAGAGAUUCUUACAGAAAGAUUAGAUAGAGUAAAUGGUAUUUGAAUAAUAUAAAUUAAUAUAAUAUAGAAACAAUAAUGA